ACACUUCAUGUCAUCAUGUUGUGUUGCAACGAGCUAGUUUUGAAAGAGUUAACGAAGCUGCGGCUUCAAGUAUUGUGUUUUUAACGUGCUUCGGUUAGCAGUGACGUUGUGCUGAGGUUAUAUAUGUUUGCUAACUCCGGUUAUCCGUAGUGUAAAUAGUCCCAAUCUUUACGUAUUGAGCAGUUCAAUGUCAGAGCCAGGUUAUAUGAGCUAUAUUAAAUAUUUAAUUAGGGAAACGUUACGCCCCCCUGGAGAGACAGUUGGCACUAGUGAGUCCCACAUCUGGACGUCCUGUUGGUUAACUUUUACGACCAAUAUCGUAACCACGGUUUUUAGGGUUUAAAUAAAACUCAGUCUGAUUUACCUGCUUCCCCUGAACUGGUAAAGUUAGCUGCAUCGUCGCCACCAUCCGCUUCAUCUCUGGACCAGACAGGAAGUUUAAUUUAUUCAGUGAACGCAGCGGAGCCAUGAGGAAUGUAUGGGGCAAAGCGUGCAUGUUCGGUUCGCUGUCCGCAGCUUUUGGCUCAAUGCUGUGGUCGCAACAGAAGACUGAACCAGAUCAGGUUGCUUCCGUUUGCCCUCCUGAUGACACAAACCCCGACUCUCUCUACGAACUCAAACUGGUCCAAGUGCUGUUCCGACACGGUGCUCGAACGCCGCUGAGAUCAAUACCUGACGUGAUGGAGGCCCAGUGGGUGCCAACGCUCUUGGACCCGCCACCACACACCCACAUCAACUACGUAGUGACAGAUCUUCAGGGUGGCCCCAGACCCCCAGCUCCUGUAGAAGACAGCUAUCGGAAAAGCUUGCUGAGCGGUGGCACAUUCCCCGGUCAGCUGACCACAGUGGGCAUGCAGCAGCUGUAUGAGCUGGGCAAGAGGCUAAGGAGGAGAUACAUUGAGGAGAGAAACUUCCUCAACGCCACCUUUAGCCCAGCUGAGGUCUAUGUGCGCUCCACUAACAUCGUGAGGACCAUUGAAUCUGCCAAGUGCCUGAUAGCAGGGCUCUUCCAGCAAAAACAAAAAGAAAUUGUGCCAAUAUUAACAACGGAGGCAGAAUCGGAAAUCCUGUAUCCUAAUUAUCAUGGAUGCAAGCUGCUCAAAACCCUUGGCAGCCACCGCUGGGCAGAGUCGGCCGCUCUGCCAGACAUUGCAGCAGACCUGCAGAGCAUCCAGAGUGCAUUGGGGAUCGCUGCUCACCAGCGCAUCGACUUCAUCCUCAUUAGAGAUGACAUGGUUGCCAGAGAGACGCACGGCCUGCCCUGCCCACCAGCACUGGACACCUGGAGGAAUAAAGUGGAACAGAGAGCUGUGGACAUGAUCUGCCAUGUUUUCGAACCCAGCAAAAGGGAGAACUUGCAGCUGUGUGUAGGACCCCUCCUGCACACACUGGUAAACAACAUUGAGGAGAAACUACAGGGCACCUUAUCAGAGCCAAACAGAAAGCUGUUCUUGUACUCUGUACAUGACACCACACUGAUGCCCUGUCUGAUGGCUCUGGGGAUUUUUGACAUGAGAUGGCCACCGUAUGCCGCCGACAUCACUGUGGAGCUGCACCAAAAGAAGCAGACCAAUGAGACCUUCGUCAAAGUGUCAUACACAGGCCAGGAUCAACUUAUACCAGGUUGUAGUGGAGUCUACUGCCCUCUACAGGAGUUCAAACAGGCCGUGUCAGCCUACUCACUGAGCUCCCAACUCUACCAGUCAAUUUGUGACAGUACAGCAGGCUUGACCGAACCAUGAACCCUCAACAAACUUCCAGUGAACGCAGUGCUACCCAUGAGAUUACACUCUGACAGUAAACACACAUCAUGUUCUUUUUUUUUUUUUCCUCACGUCGCACCUCAUCCAGCCAGCAUAACUCAUUAUACCUCACUGGUGGACUACACUGGAGUUCAGCCUCUUAAGUUUUCAUCAGAUUUUUAAUUUCAUGAUUCGUCAUCUUCCUGUCACCAUGGCAGUCACGUUAAAUUCAGGUGAACUAAGUUAACAGUAAAUGUACAGCAACAAGUAUAUGUGCAGAAUGAUUUUGCUUUAUAGUGUAUGCCUGGUAACAAAUAUUUGGUGCGUUGGUGUGCAUUUGCAUGCAACACUUACAUCUUACUUGGCUUAUUUAUUAAAACUUGAGUUAAGUUUUUCCUUUCGUCAACAACCCAAGCAAAAACACAUCACAAAUGCCGUUUCAUUUUUAAGAAGUAAUUUCAUAAAACAGGUAGACGCCAGAUUAAGCAAAGUACUCCAACAGGAAUAAAUUAUGUAGUUGUUGGGGACUAUUUUCAACUGCGAACUGAUACAGCUUUGUGUGAGUGCACUUGUGGCUGCUUUAGGACAAUGUAUGGUAUGUGUGAUUAUGUUAAAAGAAAUGCCUGUUCAUUUUAAUGAAGGGACAUGUCACUCAGUGAAAUGGUGUGGCUUCUGUAUGUGUUUUUAAUCAUCCUUAAAGAAGAAUAGAGGUCUAUGGCACAGAAGAAUAUAUACCAUAUAGGGCCAACACAACAGAUGAUGCUUAAGACUAAAUACGUUUCUUAAUCUUUUUCUGACUUAGUGCCAAGACAAACAGAAUACUAUUGUCUCUUCCCUCCAAAAUAUUUGGAGAUUUUAAAGGCUGAACAAUGUGGCCUCAAUGCCUGUAUCUGAUUGCUGAUGCAAUUAUUUUACCAAGUUGGUUAAGCGCACAACCAUAUCUUACAUAUUCAGUUAUUUCAUUGCUCAGGGGACGUCUACAAAUUUCAUGUAAUGAAUCUAGUGUUUAUUAACAAAGGUGUGCAGAAAGUGGAUUGUUUUAUAACAUGAAUGUAUAGAUUUGGUUUGGAUUGGUGAGAUAAAUACAGAUUGUAAUCAGUGUUAAA